AUGUAUGGCACAAUGAACAGCGGUUCCGGGCACAAAGCACGGACAAGAACAGUGCUUUUCGCAGUUCUUGGUCUUGCGUGCCAGCUAUCUACCUCUCAUGUUAUCCCUCCGUACAAUGAUAGUCUCGCACCACAGUCAUUUUACGAGAAUCCCUUGCACAGUCGCAAGGAGGAUGACCCUACAUCAUUUGGCUGGGUACGUCGGUUCGCUGCAAUUGGCGACAGCUACACCUCAGGAGUCGGCUCCGGCCUGCAGCUCGGAGGAUUAUUCCACAACCUUGGCGACUGGUGGUGUUCGCGAUACGAUUUAUCUUACCCCAUGAUGGUCAAGAACGAAUUGGGAUCCGGUGUGGAGGAUAUGCAGUAUACGGCCUGCAUGGGUGACCAGAUACCAGCAAUCUACGACCAGGCCAAAGCACUCAAAGGCGACAUCGAUUUGCUCACACUUACUGCGGGCGGCAACGACUUGUGCUUGGCCGAUAUUAUCAAAAACUGCGUUGUGCUUCCGUUCUUUGGCGAGGAGUCCUGCAACGAGAUUCUCAAAAAGGCCAAGGAUAAUUUGGACAACAUCGUCGGCGACGGUAUUUCCCAACUCCUGACGGCCCUCGACGACAAAAUGGCCAAAGACGGCAUUGUUGUCUACAACAGCUAUGCACAGUUCUUCAACACGGAGAAUGAGGACUGUGCUACGAAGCAGAGCUGGGCGCUCACGCCCUGGAUCGUCUACGUGUGGCCAGACAAGCUCCAAACCCCGCUCACUAUGACGGUAGCACGCCGCAAAAAGUUCAACGAGCUAACCGUUGGCCUGAAUGAUCUUAUCCGCAAAAAGGUCAAUGAUAUGAAGGGCAAGGUGAAAUACAAUCUGGGUUUCUCGAGCUGGGAUGUCUGGCCGAGCGAGAGCGUCAAGGGCCGAAUGUGUGAUCCAUCUUCCACGGGCUCCUAUCCCGACCCCAAGCAGCCAGACUUGUUGUUCUUCAAGCCAGAUACUCGCAACACUUGGUUUAAGCUGCCAGGGAAAAAGAGACGCGUGGAGGAUGAUCAAGAGGUUGAGGCUGAAGAAAAGAUUGUUCACUCUCCACAAGAGGGCGAAGCUUUUGCGCCGUUGACCAAAGAGGACCUAGAACAGCUCAGGGCUGCAUUUCCCGAGCCUCCCAAGCGGGACCUCGACUCCCGUGGAGUUGACCGCUCCAUCUACAGGUCGUCUCUCUGGAACUCGGUGAACCCCAGUGCCGCCGCGCUCAAGAAACUCGACGCCCGGGCUCCAUCGCCACCGGGCUGCCCAGGAGACCCGGGCCCAUGGAUGCCCAACCUCGGCAAGUUCCUGCCCGACUUCUUCGGGCGCAUCUUCCACCCCAACGAGGACGGCCACAAUGCCAUGGCGUCAUUCAUGGUGGCCAAGACGAUUGACAUGCGCGCCAAGGUGCUCGGCCUGAGCCCCGAGGUGUGCAAGAUCACCGACGAGUUCAAGUGCUCCAAGAAAGACGGGGGCAAGGCCUACGCCACGGCCAACACGCUCGACGAGACAUACAAGAAGUUCUGCGAGGAUCUCAAGCCGCCCGGCGACGACGUGUACGGCUGGACCAAGAAGCAAAAGUACUACGAGGGCACGCUGGACGAGCACGAGUACGUCCUCUCGCUCGAGGUGCCGGCGCAAAAGUACGACAAGCAGCAGUGUCUCGACUCGAUGGAGCGCAUCAUCCACGGCUGCGACGGCAGCGACCCGGAGAACCCGAUGAACUGGAAGUUUGGCGGCAAGUGGAAGCGCGACGAGUACACUUACGAGGUCAACAUCAAGCGUGACAACCGACCCUGGCCGGCUCCCAAGGAGGCCGACGGGUGGUGCAAGGGAAAAUACAAGUUUUUGUUCAGCGACUUUGAAAUGAAAGGGAAAGGAUGGAGCUCUUGGGAUUAUGGCCAGGACACGCUGCUCAAAAAGGCAAGAGACUGUCUUGGUAAAGGCGUGACAAAAUGGAAGUUUGAGUAUUUUGACAAGCCCGACGAGGAUGGGUAUGAGUGGAAGUCGACUUUCCGUACCCCUGUUUUUGUGAGCAACAGAUGCUUUCGCAACAACAAGGUUGCCUUUGGAGCGGGCGGUUUUACGCACGGCUGCACCGGCGAUUCUGGAGCAUGA